AUGCUACGUUACAAGGUAUCCGGUCCCGACGAGUACCUCGCCAUUACGGGAUGGCGCGUCCGCACCGUCAAGAUCACCAAGUCAUCCUUGGUGUGGCCAUUCCAGCGUUACACGCGGUUCAGCGUCCAGCCGCACGACUACGCCAUGGACCUGCAGGCCAUGACAAAGGAGAAGCUCCAGUUUUCGCUUCCCGUGGUCUUUACUGUCGGUCCAGACGUUAAUGCCCGCGGCGCCAACUCCUCCUCGGAAGCGGAAGCGGCAAACGAGGGGACUGCCGGUCGUGAGGAUAACGGCGACGCUCUCAUGAAGUAUGCCAUGCUGCUGGCGGGCUCUGACGACAAAAAGACCGACGCCAGGGCCCACGUGGCCAGCAUCGUCAAGGGAAUCAUUGAGGGCGAAACCCGCGUCCUGGUGUCGAGCAUGACCAUGGAGGAGAUCUUCACUGAGCGGGAGAUGUUCAAGAAGCGAAUUUUUCGCAACAUCCAGGGCGAACUCGACCAGUUUGGUCAAGCAAGUUCCAGCCCUUCCUUUUUCCUUCAUUGCCAAUCUCUUACUAACCCUUUUUUUUACAGUGUCAAGGAGCUCAAGGAUGCUCCCGGAUCCGUCUACUUCGCGUCCCUCUCCCGCAAAGCGCACGAGGGCGCCACCAACCAGGCCAGAAUCGACGUCGCAGAAGCGCAGCUCCGAGGCAACGUCGGCGAGGCCAAGCGCAAGGGCGAGCAGGAGAGGGAAAUCGCCAAGAUCCAGGCCGACACGGCCGUGCAGAAGACGGAGCGGGACAUUGAGCGCGCGGCGGCCGAGGCCCGGCUCAUGACGCAGCAGACACACCUCACGCGAGACGUCGACGUGACGCGCGUCGAGGCGCAGCGCGCGCUCGAGUCCAAGGACGAAGACCUGAAGAAGCAAGUCGAGAUCAAGCGCGCGGCGGCCGAGAUGGAACGCCUGCGCGCCAAAGACGUGGUCCAGGCCACCAUUGCCCGCGAGAGCAAGCAGCAGGCCGCCGACGCCGCCGCGUACGAGGUCACGGCCAACGCGCGCGCCAACCAGGAGGCGAACCAGCGCCUGGCCGACGCCGACGCCUACAAGACGCGGGUCGGGGCCGAGGCGGAAAACUACGCCGCCCAGCAGAGCGCCGACGCCAGCGCCUUCCGCCAAGUCAAGGAGGCCGAGGGAAUCUCCGCCAUGGCCGACGCCUACACCAAGCUGGCGGGCGCGUUUGGCGGGCCCGCCGGCCUCCUGCAGUACAUGAUGAUCGAAAAGGGCACCUACGUCGAGCUGGCCAAGGCCAACGCCGAGGCCAUCCGCGGCCUGCAGCCCAAGAUCAGCGUCUGGAACACGGGGGCCAGCGGCGCCGGCGAGGCGGGCAGCAGCGAUCCCACGGCCGCCAUGCGCAACGUCUACCAGAUGCUGCCGCCGCUGAUGACCACCAUCAACGAGCAGACAGGCAUCACCCUGCCCGAGUGGCAGUUUGGAAAGCUCAACGCCGGCGUGCAGGCCAUGAACCAGAGCAAUGUCAAUGGCCACAAGACCGCCAACUAG